UCCUAAAUGGCAAUAAAAGAAGGUUAGGGAAUUGAAAUUUGUUUAGAGCACCUUUGAAUUUAUUCGCAUUUCAUCAUUUUUUCUAUCUCUCGUCAUUAAUUUUUUUUGCCCACAGAUUAUAGACCCUGUGUAUUAUUAUUCGCUUGGAUUACUAUAGAUCAUCUAAAUCUGAAUUUUUUUCCCCCGAGAGGAGCAACAUAAAAAGAUUGAAGUUUUAACGCAUUUGAGACAGAAUUCUUGAGUUUUCUUGAUAAAAGGCUCUUGUUUUUGUUUGGGAUUUUUUGAUUUCAUGACUGCUGGUACAGAAGUUUCUGUUGAGACCUCAGUGGUGGAGAUGGAGAAACCUGCUGCUGUUCCUGUUGCUGUUGAGUUUUCAUCACCAGAAAAUACAGACACUGCCAGUGAAAACAGCACUGAAAAAAAGGCUGAUUCCAAUGCUAAGGAGUCUGGGGAAAGGGAUGUAACUAGUGUUGGUAAGGACUAUGAUUCAGAUUCAAAAUCAGAACUGCAAAUGAAGGAUAUUGUUGACAUGCUGAAGAAACUCAAAUUGAAUCGCCUGGCUAAGGAAUUCUUUCCUUCCUCUUAUUAUCCCGGCCAGACGGGGGCCAGAAAUUUUGUGCUAGCGGAUAAGAACUCCGGCAUUGAUGGUUCCCCAAUAAACCGUAGGAGAAGAAAUAACCACAACCAAGGCCGGAGGAGAAUGGGUGUUAGGACUUUCAGAGCUCAAAGAGAAGAGAGUAUUAGGCGAACGGUCUAUGUUUCUGACAUAGAUCACAAUGUCACUGAAGAGGGGCUUGCUGCCUUAUUCAGCUCCUAUGGGCAAGUUGUUGAUUGUCGUAUUUGUGGCGAUGCAAACUCCCAUCUUCACUUUGCUUUUGUAGAAUUUUCGGACGAGUAUUCUGCUCAAGCGUCUCUUAACCUUUGUGGGACACUGUUGGGUUUCUCUCCUGUUAAGGUUCUACCUUCUAAAACUGCCAUCCUUCCUGUGAAUCCUACAUUUCUUCCCAGGUCAGAAGACGAACGGGGGAUGUGUGCCAGGACAAUCUACUGUACCAAUAUUGAUAAGAGGGUUUCUCAGGCUGACGUUAAGAAUUUCUUUGAAACAAGAUGUGGUGAGGUUUCCCGCCUGAUGCUCCUAGGGGAUCACAUGCAUUCUACUCGGAUUGCUUUUGUUGAAUUUUCCAUGGCUGAGAGUGCAAUCCUCGCCCUUGAUUGUUGUGGCAAAAUUUUGGGAUCCCAACACAUCAGGGUAAGCCCUUCAAAGACACCUGUGAGACCACGAGUUCCAUCCCCGGAAAUGCAGUAAGCAGAUCAUUUGAGUCCAGAAUCUUGAAGAACGUUGGUGUUGGUCUGAGACUUUCUUCUAGUUGAAGAGGUGGUGAAAUUGCCCCUGUUUCAUUUUUUCCUAUUCCUGGCAACACUUACUUUUCUAUUGACUGAUACAACCUCUGACCUUCAACUGAUCAAGUUUACUGGGAUGGUUCCAUUCUUUGGUACUUUUAACUAUGAUUAAUCAUAUAAAGCUAGCUCGGUGUUGUACCGGUGGCUGUGAGUUGAAGGUUUUCCCA